CCCAUCGAGAACCACUCGAACACCAGACUCACCACCUUAGCGGCCGACGGCCGUGCGCGUGUGGUAGUGUUGUUUGCUGCCGCUGCUGAUAGCACAGAAUGGCAAACGUCGCCGAGCACCGCGUACAGAUGCGGGCAGCUCCUCCCGCCAGCAAGGUCGUCCCCGCUGCGCCCGAGAAGGGGCUGAAUCGCUUCGUGCACUCGAUCGCGCCGAUGGAGAGGGUCGGCAGCGCUCUGGGCACGCUGGCCUUCACAUGGGCGACCGUCGUCGUGCUCAGCGGCUACCCGACAGUGCUCCACGUGCUGGAUUUCUGGUUUGCCACGGCCAUAAUUUUCCUGGAAGGAUUGAGGAUGUUCAGUCGCAGCAACAGGGUAGACUACCAACUGUUCUUCCGUACGAGAGGUGCUAUAAAGUCUAUUGGCAGUAAUGAGCUGAGCUUGUUCGUAUGUUUCUCCAAUGUUCUGGUGUGCAUGAUUAUAAGGAACAACUAUGCAUCAACACACAUACGACCUUGGUUGGUGGCAAUACUUGCGAUUGGCCCAUUUCUAUGUCUAAGACUACUCCCAUCCAAUCCGCUACGCAAAGCAGCGUCAUUAUGGAGCCCGAUGGUUGCAGUUCUGUUGCUUUAUCCCCUGUUACGCCAUAGUAUUGAUGCUACUGAUGAAGGCAAUUUAAUCAUUCGCAAACUCAGUUUCAGAAACUCAACUGCCAAGUGGACACUGUACCUGGUACUACUUGCUGUUGUGCUCCUACAGACAAUCAGCAGGUUGCAGUUCCAAAGUAUCUCCAAACUAGUAGACCGGGCUCCCGGCAACAAAAUAGUAUUUUGGCGGCAAGUUGUUCUGAAUUUAUGCAUGUUUGCUACGGCAAUGAUGUUAAUGUUCACUUUUCAUGGCUACACUAAAUUCACCAUUGCCUCGCUAGACAUAAUGGCCCUAGUGAUAGUGUCAUUUGGCAACCUUCAGAUCCCAGCAGCAGUAUUGCGCAUCGUGCUGGGACUCUUGGGCGGCCUUAAAGUCGAUGACCACUACAAGGAAAACCUUGGGGACAUGAAAAAUCUUGUGCCAUCUCUCUACAUCUUUUAUGGGAUGCUGCUUGGCCAAGGAAUACUCUAUACCAUUGCCGGCAUACUUGAGAUUUUUUCAUUCAUCUUACGGAGAUCACUAGCCCGCCAGGCUGGAUUUAGCGGUCCCCAGGGAGUGGAAUAUGUCAAUUCAUACUAUGCAUAUGUCUUCAACAAAUGCAUGAAAGGGGCUGUGCUUGCUCCAGAGAAGAUUAGCCUCAUCACAUUUGCAGUGGAAUCUUUAAAUUCAGACUCACCCAAGAAGCAACUCUCUGGGGUUAAGAUGUUGGACAAUGUUCUGAAAAAGGAGAUCUUAAAGACUAAAGCUAUAUCAGAACUUACCACCUCCACAAAAACAGUGGCCUGCUUGGUUAACAUGUUGGGCUGGACAAGUGAAAGGGAUAAAGAUGUUAGAUUAUUUGCCACGAAGGUCUUUGCUGAGCUCGCAGAUAACCUCCGAAUUGUCUCUGUCCCUGGGGCAAUGCAGCUCAUAGGCUCACUUUUGGACACUGCCCACGAAUCGAAAGAAAGGGAUCCUCUAGGCGUUGAUAGCCCCGAGCCAAAACAAGAUAACUUGAUUCAGCAAGUUGGUGGAAAUGAACAGAGCUCCCGGGUGAUUAAAUGGUUGAAGAAGACGGCAAAAUAUUGUUUCAUUCCGAGGGAUGAGCCACGUAACAUGGAUGAACCAAAGCCCCAUAUAUUCAGAUUCUGGAAAAAGUCUGUUCCAAAGGAGGAGCCAUCGAAAGAUCAAGAUCUCCUCCCGGUACUGGGCAUGUUAAUUCUUGACAAGCUUGCUAGCUUUGAUCUCGAGAAUUGUAUAGAAAUCUGCAGAGACCCUGGUCUAACCACAAAGGUUAUAGAGUUCACAAGCAAUAGACCCAACAUGACAUAUAGUAAUGAGACACACAAGACACUGCUGAAACGUUCAUCACUGAAGCUACUUUGCAGACUUGCAAAGACUAAAGGGAAAAUUGGUGUAACUAUGCGUCAGAAUAUUUCAGAACAUCCCUUCCUUUUGAGCAAUCUUGUGGAGAUCUUGGAUAACAAUGAUAGCAGCCAUGAACUGAGGGAGAUCACAACAGAACUCAUUAAGAACAUUGCCAUGGAGGAAAAUAUAAAGGAGGAGAUCGGACACAUCCCAGUGAUCAUUAGCAGGUUGAUGGAUGCAUUUCUCAGCCAAAGUGCUCUCUCAAGAACAGAUUCAGCUCAGUUGCUACAAAUGACCUCCGGGCAAGCAUUGGCAGUUCCGGCAAUGGAGAGUGCGAACAACUGCUUAAUUAUGUUAGCGGAACCACACUCAUUCAUCAAGGAACUCACAGUUAUGAUCCAUGGUGACAGGUACAGGUACGUAGCUUCGAGCCUGUUGCAGAAUAUGUGUGUGCAUGUUCGACCUGAGCUUGGCAACUCGGACCUGAAGGAAAUCUCCUACAUUCUGAGAGAGGUGCUGGAAGGAAUAAUGGAUGCAGAAGGGACUGAACUGGAGGUCCUUGUUGGCCUUAGUUCACAAAUAUGUAAUGUCAUUCCUGGCGAUUUUGCACGAGAACUAGAGCAUGGUCAGAUCAAGGAAAGAUUCAUAAAGAGACUUGUCGACGCACUUAACUCAAAUAUGAUACCCACUGCUCAUUGUCCUGGAAUCAGAAGGGCGAUAGUUGAACAUACCAUAUGCAUGAUGGAGUGUAAUCCUGAGUACGCCGGCUGUUUCAAGGAAUGUUGGAUGAUGGAAGCACUGCUAAUGAUGGAGCGUACACCUUCAAGGGCUGAAAAGUACAGGUUCUUCUCGGGUGAUGCAGGACUCAUGGAGCACAGCAUAACUCUAUCUGCACUUGUGGCUAGAGCAAAAGAACUGAUGGACCAUGAGUAGCUACGAGGCAUCAGCAGUGAAGUGCACCUGAAUAUGUGUUUAGGGGAUAUUGUACUCCUACUAAUACUAUAUUUUCAGUUACACCAAGGAGAUCCCAUGAAAGUAGAAUUCAUAUUAAGCAGUUAAUUUGUGUAUAACAAGUCACAAUAUGUAUCAUUAUGAGGGCAACUUUAAUAAUGGA